AUGCCGCAACAACUGAGUGCUAAAGAGCAAUCGCUUUUCCGUACCGUUGUGCGCAAUUAUGAGGAUAAACAAUACAAAAAGGGAAUCAAGGCAGCAGAUCAGAUAUUACGAAGAAACCCUAAACAUGGUGACACUCUCGCUAUGAAAGCUCUUAUCCUGAAUUCACAGGGCAAAACUGAAGAAGCUUUUGCAUUAGCAAAAGUGGCUCUACAAUGUGACAUGAAAUCACAUGUCUGCUGGCAUGUUUAUGGGCUGUUAUACCGCGCAGCCAAAAAUUUCGAAGAAGCGAUAAAGGCAUACAAGUUUGCGCUGAGAUUAGAGCCAGAAUCUCAGCAAAUUCAACGCGACCUGGCACUAUUGCAGAUACAGAUGAGAGAUUAUCAGGGCUAUAUUGCUAGUCGAAAAUCAAUGGUGCAAUCAAGGCCAGGUUUGAGGGCAAACUGGACAGCUUUAGCGGUUGCACAUCAUCUGAACGGAGACCUUGUCGAAGCAGAGCGAGUGUUAACAUCCUAUGAACAUACUCUGAAGAACCCACCGCCUAAGAAUGACUUCGAAAAUUCGGAGGCUGUGAUGUACAAGAACCUUUUGAUUUUUGAGCAAGGAGAUAUACAGAGAGCUUUGGAACACUUAAACUCCGCGGAUAAGUCAAGUCUUGAUCGAUUGGCGGUACUUGAGCUUCGUGCAUCGUACCUUGCCAGGCUCGGCAGAAGGGAAGAAGCAGCUAAAGCUUAUCACGUUCUUCUAGAACGUAACUCUGAGUACAAGAAAUACUAUGAUGAGCUUGUAGAAGUAAUGGAAAUUGAUCCAUUAGAUCAAAAAGCCCGAAAAUCUAUAUAUGAUGAGUAUGCUAAAAAAAAUCCACGAUGUGAUGCUGCGCGUCGCCUGCCACUCGAUUUUCUAGAGGGUGAGGAAUUUCGGGAAGCUGCUGAUCAGUAUCUUCAUCGAAUGUUGAACAAAGGAGUUCCUUCUACAUUUGCGAAUCUGAAGCAUCUUUACUCCAGCUUAUUUAAGAAAGAAGUCCUUGGUGAAUUGGCGCAUCAGCUACUUUCCCACAGUGAGGAUGGAGGUAACACAGAUCUCAAGGACCAAGUUAUUCUCCUUAGGCUCAAAUCAUCGAUCUACUACUUCUUGGCUCAACACUACAGUUACUAUCUAAGUCGUGAUCUAGAGAAAGCAAUGGAAUACAUUGAAAAGGCAAUGGAGAUUAAUCCCACUAGCGUUGAUUUCUGUAUGACCAAGGCCCGAAUCUGGAAACAUUAUGGCAAUAGCCAAAAGGCAGCUGAAAUAAUGGAAAAAGCAAGGUUGUUAGAUGUGCGGGACCGACAUAUCAACACGAAAGCGGCCAAGUACCAGCUUCGGAAUGAUGAGUCUGAAAAAGCUCUUCAAACUGUAGGCCUCUUCACUCGUACAGAUACCCCAGGAGGCCCUCUCGCCGAUCUUUACGAUAUGCAGUGCAUGUGGUUUCUGACUGAAGAUGGAGAAUCAUACGCUCGCCAAGGAAAUAUUGGACUAGCUCUCAAGCGUUUUACGUCAGUUUACAAUAUAUUCGAUGUUUGGCAAGAAGAUCAGUUCGAUUUCCACAGCUUUUCACUCAGAAAAGGACAAAUACGAGCCUACAUCGAUAUGAUAAGGUGGGAAAAUAAGUUGCGCGAGCACCCAUUUUAUGCUAGGGCAGCCCUAUCUGCGAUUAAUAUUUACACCCAGAUGCACGAUGUACGACUGGGGAAAAGUGUUAAUGGAGACACCAAUGCGAACAAUUCUACGGUGGGAAAUAAGAAGACUUCCAAAAAGUCAAACAAGGAUUUCAAAAAGGCUGAGCGCGAAUCUGCAUCCAAAAAUAAUGAUCCAAACAAAGCCAAAGCCGCAAGAAAAGAAGAGGUUAAGAAGGAUGAUGAUCCUGAUGGCUCGAAGCUCGCCUCUUCGACUGAUCCAAUGAAGGAUGCAAUGAAAUUUUUGUUGCCUUUAAUUCAAUUUAGAUCCAAAGGUAUCGAUGUACAGCUAGCUGCAUUUGAAGUAUAUAUACGUCGAAAAAAGUAUUUGCUAGCUCUAAAGUGCCUACUGGCUACCAUCUCUCUUGAUAAAGACCAUGCCAGGGUCCAUGAGCAAAUCGUGCGAUUUAAAAUCGCCGUGGACGAUGAUGUGAGCUCGCUUCUACCAAAGUCAGCAGAAUUAAUAAAGUCUGAGCUCGAAUGUUUGCUGGACAACUGUAGUCUCAGUGACUUUAAUAAUAAAUACUUUGAGAAGAACAAGGAAUUUGCUAGUAAGGUCAUAUCAGCUUUAAAGGCAAGAAAGCUCCUAGACAAAGAUGAAGCGAGAGAAGGACUCAGGUUGUUGAAGCAAUGGAACAGCACUGAGUCAGAAAACUUCAGGUUAAAAUCUUCAUCAAAAUGGCCUAAAGCAUCGUUCGGAAAAGAUUAA